AUGACAAUAUCUACACCACCACAUUUCGUCAUAUUUCCGUUCAUGUCAAAAGGCCACGCCAUCCCUCUCCUUUACCUCGCACGCAUCCUUGCAAACCGUCAUAUCUCCGUCACCAUCAUCACCACCCCAUCAAACUAUACCAACACCAAAACCACCCUCGAAAACGACCCUAUUAUCAUCAUCAACAUCCCAUUCCCCGAAAACAUCCCCGAUGCCCCUCCAGGAGUAGAAGUCAUAGACAAACUUCCUUCCAUGUCAACAUUCAUUAACUUCGUGAAUGCCACCGAACACCUCAAACCGCGGUUUGAAGAGGUUGUCUCGAGUCUCCCACAUGCCACUUGCAUAAUCUCUGACGGGUUUUUAUUCUGGACUCAGGAAUCCGCCGAGAAACUAGGGAUUCCCCGUUUGAUGUUUUACGGAAUGAAUAUUUUUUCCAUGACCAUCAGCAAUAUCAAAGAAAAGUUCAAGCCACAUGCCACAGUUAGCUCGGACGACGAGCUAUUUUCGAUACCAGGAUUUCCCAGGAUUAAGCUAACGGCAAAUGACUUUGAACGUUUGUGGAGUGACCUCGACCCAAAAGACCCUAUGCUGGAUUUAUUAGUGAAGACCGAGAAAGCUAUGGUUAGGAGCAAUGGCAUGGUGGUUAACAGCUUUUACGAGCUCGAGUCAGAGUUUAAUGAUUACUGGAAUCGAAACUUUGAACCCAAAGCUUGGUUGGUCGGACCUUUCUGUGUAGCCAAACCACAAGCACCAAAGAGGGUGAAAAGGCCAACAUGGAUCGAGUGGCUCGACAAGAAGCUCUUGGAGAAUGAGCCGGUGAUAUACGUGUCAUUUGGAUCACAAGCGGAGGUAUCUCAAGACCAGGUACUUGAGGUUGCCCAAGGGUUGGAAAAGUCAAACAUAAGCUUCAUGUGGGCAUUGAAACAAAAGCAGUUGGAGUUAAUCACAGGAGAGUUUGAAGAGAGGGUGAAGGGGAGGGGGAAGGUCGUGACAACAUGGGUAGAUCAGAUGGAGAUCCUGAAACAUGAAGGUGUGUGUGGAUUUUUAAGUCAUUGUGGAUGGAACUCGAUGUUGGAGAGUAUGUGUGCGGGUGUGGCAGUGUUGGCAAUGCCGUUGAUAGCAGAGCAACACCUGAAUGCAAGGAUGGUGGUGGAGGAGAUUGGGAUGGGGCUACGAUUGUGGCCAAGGGAUAGGAAGGCACGUGGGAUAGUCGAAGCUAAAGAAGUGGCAAAAAUGGUGGUGGAGUUGAUGAAAGGGGAAGGUGGGACAAGAGUGAGAAAGAGGGUAAAUGAGGUUAAAGAAGCUGCAUAUGGUGCCAUGAAGGAAGGUGGCUCAUCGUCGAAGGCCUUGGACUCGUUAAUCAAACAUGUUUGUGAAGGCGUGCGUUUAGCAGUUUAGGGGUGUCUGAAUAUGCAGGAUCAUUGUAGUAUGUAAGUGGUUGUAAUUUGACAAAGGAUCAUCAAUAAGGAGAAUUGACUAUUAGUUCAUUA